CUCCACGCGGCCUGACCGCUACACACAGCCACGGGAGUUCCCUCCUGGCUUCCCGCACACCCGCGGUCGCCACCGUACCUCCUCCCUUGACUGCGACGUGCUCCCUCCCUGGCCUGCCCCGCAGCCAACAUGCAUUUCGCGACGUGCCGCCGCUACCAGCAUUCUUAGUGAGUUACGGACUGUAUGCAGGCGCGCAUCAGGCGGAUUGCUGGCUUCCAACUGCGUGUUUCAUUCCGCUCCGCUGUUUCUUGCCUCCUUGCCCUGUGGCCGUGCGUCUUCAGUACCGUCGGACCAUCGCUCGGCGCCUGCGCACGAUCCGACGUAUCUGGGAUGACCAGCGUCCGUGGGGCGCCGAUCACGCGAAAUACAUUGGAGCUUCGCGGCCCUGCGCUCACCUCGCCCGCUGACCGACCGACGGCUACCAACCGCUCACGGUGUACGCCGUAGUAGGAUCAGAUUGGCCGUUCAUCGAUCAUCGACCGCCGAGAUAGUAGAAGGUGGAUGGAGGAGAGCCGCGCGUUCGAAGCAGACGACGAUCCCACAAGCGGCGACAGCACGGUAUGACACGCGUCGCGUAGUAGGCGAAGCGCAGGCUGGACGUAGUGCGCGUGUGCAGUACAGUGCCCGCCGUUUUGCCGUUCGCGUUUUGUUGUGCUACCGUCCUUCGGGAUCUAUCACUGUGCGCUCGCACGUCGGUUUGCUCGUACGUUCGCCUCGCCGUGGCCGCGUAACGACCGCCGAACGACAAUUGCGACGACGACGAUAACGCAAGGCCGCGUAGUUUCUAGCAGGAAGGUUCUAGAAAGAAGAAGCGGAAAACGCAGAACGGCCUAUUUGGGAACCGAUAAGUAGACCGCAAAUCUCGAUUAGAGGAAGACGGAAGCCGGAAAGAAGGGAAAAAGAGGACGGGAGUGGGAAAGCGGGCGAGAAAGGUGGCAAAGAGGGGCGGUUGGGUACGUUUCCGGAGGUGGAGACUUCCUGCCGCGCUCGCCGCCGUCGUGCCCCGUGCACGAGAUCCGUAACGAAGUCGCGCGCAUCGCGGGCGCAAUAGUUGGCGCGCUCGCGCUCCGCCGUGCUUUUUUCGCGGGCGCGCACGUGUGACGCAGCUGCGCUCUGGUCAGCCGCGUGGCCGGGUCGCGCGAACGGAUUCCGCGCGCGGAAUCUCUCGAGCGAGCACGGUAGGCUGGAGAGCCGCGCCGGUGGAUCUCCCGUAAUUGCUGGAUACAGUGUGUUGCGCGCGUGUGACGGAAGUCGGGGCCGCAGGUACCUUCAAUUUAUCCCGGGCGAUCAUUACGGGGAUAGGGACCGAAGGGACCGAGGGAGCGGACGAGAGAAGGUCUACGGAAGGAGGAAGGUUAGAUAACGGGAUCGCAAAAGAUAUCCGGAUAGCGACAUGAGGGGUUUGUUUUACGGUUAACGUAACAGGCGCUCCUCGGCCACGUGGAAUAACGAUAUAAUCGCCGUGGCUUUAUCCGACCGGAAUCGGCCAUCUGGAUCGGUUUCUUCAACGUCGCCGAGAGAUCACGAGCAGCGAUCGUUUCUCACCGUCGUGAGGAGGAAACCCAAGCGAGAUUCGCGCUUCUUACUGGUCGAUAAAAGUAAAAGCCCCAUGAGCACCAUGAAUAAGGACGAGGACCACGGAUCCGAGGCGGGCAACUCGAACGCGUCCUCGAAUUCGCAGCCCAAGAAGCGGAGGCAGCCGUGCUGCAUGCGAUGUGACAACCACGGGCUGGUCAUUGGACUCAAGCAGCACAAGAGAUACUGCAAAUAUCAGUUCUGCAAGUGCCCGGCAUGUCAGCUUACCGUCGAGCGACAGAGGGUGCAAGCGAGACAGACGGCUCUGAAGAGAGCCAUCGAGAUGGACAGGUCCAAGAAAAUUCUCCCUGUAGAGACGAAGCCAAUGCCGUUAGACAUGGACAUCUACUUGCUGAACUUGAGUAAAAAGCAGAGAACCGUGAAGAAAUAUAAGAGACCGGAGCCUCUCCCCGGGGACUCCCGAGAAAUGUCCGUCGUUCGACGAUCGGUCGUCUCAUUAAGACCGCAAUGCGAGGGCUAUCCUGUUUCCUCUGAUGACUCUCUCGGCGCGUUCGAGACUCGCCGCUCAGAUAACAUCGUGUUAAAUAAUGAAUGCCGCGCCGAGAGAGGCCGCUCGCUCGCGUUGAAAUCACUUAAACGCAAAUCACUCGAUGCGAAGAAAAACAGGUGUACGACUAAAAGAGACAUUAACGUUUUAGCGAGGUACUGUUUGGAGCAAUUGCGCCAUUUGUCCUACGUCCAGCCGUUUUCUCUCGCCCACACUCUCCUUAGAAUUAUCGACGACUUUGAUGAGUGCUCAAAACAAGACAUAAACGAAGCUAUGAGCCGCAUAUCUUACGUAAUCUCGGAAACGGUGAAGGAAUACUAUCUCCGGUACUACUACUACUACCCGAUACUGCCGCGCCCCCUAGAAACACCGACGUAUGAGGGGUUGUAUCCUAUUGAAAUAGGAAUACCGCAGAAUUCAUUCCAGCCAAUUACGAGGCCCCCCAACACGUUAAGUACGCCUCCGUGCCCUGACAACCCGCCAGCUGAGACUUCUCCGGCACCGUAUCACUGAUGGACGGACGCUGAAGAUCAAUGAGGCAGAUCGACGAGAGAAACGUGUCGAAUCCAAAGAGAAUCGCGGUCGCCUCCUCCGAAGGUGGCCGCCGAGGCGAGUGGUGGACCUGGCCAUUGAUCAUCGCCAACUCGUUCCCGGACAUCGUGAGACAUGCGGUCAGAGCUGUUACGUACCACGUGGACCGAAUCAAUCCCGAUCGAUCGAGAAUCGGACGAGUCCUUUGCCGUCCCUCCGUCUCUCCAUCUAUCUUGAAAAAAGCGUGUUCCGCGGGCAGACGGGAGCUCCCGUGGAAGAGGAGAUACCUCAUGCAGUCAUCCUCUUCAUGAAGAAUCCUGCACGCGCGCCAAGUCGUGAUUCUCCAAGAUCCAGCGGCGUAAACGGUCACGCGAGAUCGACGUCCACGGGGUGGUCACCAUCACUAUCAUCGUCAUCAUCAUCAUCAUUCUCAUCCUCGAGCUGUUCGUUUCCGAACGAUGUCCGAUUCCCUUCCUGAAGAAGGAACGCGCCGCUAGGAUCAUGCAUGAUUGUGUCGCGCGCGGAUUCUCGUUUCGGGCGAGAGCGAGUUGACGGGUCCUGAUGUUUCGCAUGGCGAGGCAGUUACCGCAAGCGCUCAAAUCAAGCAAGAUGCCGGUCCACGGAGGAGGAGAGAGGAAGAUCGUGACACGCCGCGCUCCCGAUCCCCAUCGAGAAGUCAUUCUCGUUUGGCGAGUCCGUCUCGCGCAUGUCCACCUCGCACAUGUACGCCCAUUUUAAAUUUGGAGCGAGAGAAGAAUGCAACGGCGAGAUAAGGCGGACGAGCGAGCGAGCAAGCGACGUGCGUCAAGCGGAUCGCCGAGAAAUUUAUCCAAUCGUGAACGACGGUUUGCUUCGCGGCAUGCGUCGCGCAUACAUCGCCGUGCAGCGCGCCGAUCUCGCGUGCUCCGGGAAACCGGAAAUCGGCAAGAAGCUUUGGACUUAAUCAACGGAUCUUGUGGUGAUCUUGACGCUUUCUACUUUAUUCAUGUACCGCAUACACGUACCGGCUAUCGCAAGCGCCGUUUUCUCGGACACUGUGGCGUUCGUUAAACGUUGCUGAGAGAUGCGAAACGUGCAGCAAACGGUAAGAUAUUCACGAUCCUUAUCCUUUAAAUCAAGAAGAUUCAAAGUGUCGUUGGUGGAUCUUCACGAUACCUUAUUCCUCUCAGAGAGGCGAGAUGUAAUAUUCCCUUCUCAGCAUCUCUGCUUUUAUCUAAUUUUUCUUUUUUUUGUGCGGUGUGAAUUAUCAGUUCUUGCACGCGCUCUUGAUAAUAAAAACUUUUCAUAUUUCGCGAGCGCAUCUGCGCGCGUAAUCGCGAAAUAGGUGGACAUGUCAGUCGCGCAACGCGGCAAUAAAACAACCGUUGAAAAACUGGUCAUUCCAGCUCGCGGCAAAUUAAUUUACAAAAUAAGAGCACCGAAAAACUGUCUCCCCUAUGCGCAAGCUCAUUCUCUUCGGAUUGAUCUUUUUUUCUCUCUUUCUCUUGAUAAUCUUCCCUUUUGCCCGGCGGGGAACACGUUCCGAGUAACAAUUUGAUACAUUGCCCGAUCGGAUAUUACCAUAGACCUUUAACGACUCCUCUCCCCGUAAAUGAAUUUGCGUUUCAAUAAUGAGCGCGCUGCUGCAUCGUGCUGCGUCGAAUUUAUCGUCAGCGCCUUUGCGCAAUUUGGGGACGCCGGGGAAUUAAUUUGCAUAUCAACCGCGCUUUUAUGGACACACGAUCGCGCACGAAGAUUUAUUUUACGGCCGGGCCGCUCCUUUUUCGAUUUCGGUGCGCGUAUAGCUUGAUCUCACGAUAUUAUUUCCCAUCACUGGUGCUUUAAAUACGCCGGAGAUUUAGUUACAAUUAAUCCGACAGUCCAGAACGAGUGUGUCAUUAUUUUAUUGUCCCGUCCAACCCUUCCUUCGUCACGCCGCGGAGUUUUUCGGUCGUUCGGUUCUUGACGGUCUUUCUCGCGCGCGCUCGCAAGAACGCCGUUCCGCUUCCGGCCUUGCGAGUGCCUGAAUAGCGAGAGGAGAGUUCUCACGGGUACCUCAGUCGAUUUUUUAAUUGGACCGUCGCAGGACCCUCCGGAAGGUACGCCAAAGCGGAUCCUUUUGUUGCUCACGUGAGCAAGAAGGUCGGCUCGCGUCAGAUGUCCGCACGAAGACAACGUGCAACGCGCGCGAUCGAGAUCGUGGCAGACCGAGAUGCCGAUAUCCUAUAAUUUUCGGCAUCCUGGUGUUUAUUACCGUAACCCGCAAUUUCAGCUUAAGAUAGUUCGCCCCAGCGUUGUUGCUGCGCGUACGGUUAGCGGAAUUAACGUACGCUCGAGGAGUGCGCUACCGUUUUAACGAGUUCUCGUUUUGAGAGAGGAGAACGGAUCCGGCGAGGAGGAACGCGAAACGGACGAGCGGAUUGAUGCGCGCGACGGGAAUCUCUCGGGAAUUCCUCAUUUGCGGAGCGCGAAUGCGCGGAUUCCGCUUGUUCCGCGCGAACUGGGCGCGGAGUCCGUUGCGCGAUCUAACGUUUGCCGUGGCGUGCCUGUAAAAUCCAAAAUUGCCGAGUAUUAACACAGUGAAUACCGUAAACAGCGCACACUGUACGCGUGUACGCUCGCGUGCGUUACGCUCGCGUGUGGAACAUGUGUCCGUCCGUCGUGGCCGGCGCACUCGCGUGCAUCCGCAUGCACAUACGCGGCUCUCGCCUCAUGCAUGAGUGCAUGUAUAAGCACGCAUACACGGCGAACGGGAACGUUUCUUCUUUCCAUUUUGCAAAACCUCUUGUCACGAUACGUCGAAUUAUUUAGCCUGCCACGGAUUCGCCGCCAGCGGGCGGAGAAGACAUUGUCUUGAAGAGUUUCACAGAGCGUCCAGCUUGUAGAUUUAUUUUUAAUUUGUCAAGUUUCAACAAUCCUGGCCUUUACAAAGGUUGAAACAUCGUGGAUUCUCUGUUUCAAUUUAUAUAUAAUUUCAAGGAAAACGCUGCGUCUUUGCAAUGCGUGCACUGUUAGAAGUCACUGUGUGAAUAUCACACACUUCAUCGCGCGUGAUGUGUGAUCAUGAUAAUAGUACCAUCAUGAUGGUACUAUUUUUAGUUUAAAAAUAUUUUAUAAUCUGUCAAGUUUCAACUGAUCAUCCUAAUCUUUAUACGAAAGCUUGAAAGGAUCAUGGAUUCUCUGUAUGGAUAAUUUAAAAAAAAACGCUGCAUCUUCAUCUUGGUACCGCUUUCGGUUUAUAAAUUUUUACUCAAGGUUUGAGAAAAAGAGUUUUAAGUUUACGUUAAGUUUAAGUUUAAUUAGCGAUUUAAGCACAUUCAGCCGUACCUGGGCUGCGACAAGACACUGCACGUCUCGUGUCUCGAGCAUCGACGUCCGCACGUCUCGCCGUUAAGGGGCACAUCCCUUGCACUCGGCGGCUGUUGAUACACUUUUCUAAGGUACACGAUUAAUAGAGAUUCGACAAUUUCACGAGCGUUUAGGUGCUACGCGAGGUGCUUGUAACAAGUUCGCUCGAUCUUGCGGAUUUUACGUACUAUCGCCAUAUUUUUUUAAGGGAUAUCGCUUAAUCAUAACGUAAUCUAUAUCCUAUAAAUGUAUUCGCUAAAGGAAAAAAAGACACACUUAACACAGCUACACCCACACACACACAUACACGCAUACACACACACGUCCUUUCACGUAGAUAGGAAUACUCUUCCGCCGCGCGAAUAAAUGAUUCGCGCGCAAUGCGAGUCUAAGCGGGGGUGGCGAGGUAUCAGUCUCUUGGUGUCACCGAUAACAAUUAAUUCGGCCCCACUUUGUCGAUACCUUAAAAUAUUUGCCGGCGGAGGGCACGUCGAGAGACGCGCCAUUCGUCAGUAACUUCCCCAGCUCUCUAAAGGCAAGAAUAGUCGUUAAUGGUUGUUCCUUCUUUCUCUUGCUGUCGCGCGUGUUUCGCGCGGCUCAGACGAAAGAUGUGCUUGAUGUUUUUUGACACACGUAUAUAUUCUAGUAUCUAAUCUAUCUAUGCGCGGAAUUCUACUGUACUGUGCGGGGACGAGCUCGUAGGGCUCCGUCUUAUUUCAUUGUGCGACGUGCUUUCUGCGGGGCGAUCGAGGAGUGACCUCGUCGCCGAUCGCGAAGACGUUCCUCUUCGUUAAGCGUUAUUCUGUUCACUUGAUAAGUUUUCGUGCGUUUCUCAGCGAAAGCGCCCAGGCAGCCGGUAUCCUUCUCGUCAAGCUAGAUCGGCUUGACUCGAGCGAGCGGCUUUAGGGGUAAGGGCGGCUGUGAGGGUGCUUCCGCGCGAGUAACGGCAGUUUUUCUUUUUAGGACGCUCAGGAUCUAGUGAUAAAAGGGUACAUGUCGCUUUAUCUCAGUUUUGAGUUACUUAGGGAGCUAGACGAAGUACACUGGUGCACUCGCAUCUCCGCGUCGAUCCGCGCGCGAGAUCGCGCGGGGUGUCGCGCCACCAUUUCUCACAUCGGACUAGCGAGGUGCGAGAUUCUUGCGCUUUGAAUAGAUGUAUGAUUCUUGUUUAAAAAAGGUUACGAAAGGCUCGCAACCGGUGACGCGACUCGAGUUUCAGCGGAGAGGAUCUUGGUUGUCUGCUUAGCGCGAUCCAUCCACUUGUUUUUUAUCGGAGAUUUGGUUGUGUAGUUAUUUAUUCGAUAACACAUAGAGAGAGACAGACAUAUUGUGUGUCAAGAGCAAUCGCGAUCGGUAAUAGGUAGAUAGUCAUCACCGGGAUGUGACAGGGAGAUGACGGUGACAAUGUGACGAAGGCAGAAGGACAGCCUCGCGCGCAGAGGAAGCGACGCUAUGGAGCGUAUUGUCGUCCACGGAUUCAGUGUACUUGGCAUAUUUUUAAGUGUUAUGCUAUGACAUAUAAAUAAAACAGUACUGCUAAUCCA